AUGAAACAUCCAUUUCAACUACUAAUAUCAACUGAUACUCACCUUUUUGGAGCACUUCAAAAUGAAAUAUUGGUAUAUAAUUUAGAAACAGGAAGUUUAUUAGGUUCUUGGGCAGAUACUCAAAAAUCUCAACAUAUAAAUGAUCAACAUAUACGUAAAACAGGGAAAAUUUUAACAGCUAAACAAAAAAUCCUUAAUCAUAUAAAAUGUUUAGAUAUAACAAAAGAUCAGAAAUAUCUUAUUGCAUCAACUGAUUCAGAUAAAUCUAUAUUAGCUUUUCAAUUAGAUUUUGAUAGUUUUGAUUGUUUAGGUUUAUAUAAAAGACAACCAAUGCCCAAAAGACCAAGUUCAAUUACAACACUUGACAAAGAUGUAAUAGUUGCUGAUAAAUUUGGAGAUGUAUAUAUUGUUCCCAUUGACCUUGAAGAUCCUACACAAGAAAAAGAUUUCCAUCCUAUAACUGGACAUGUAAGUAUGUUAACUGAUAUUUUAAUAACUAAUCAUAAUAAUAAAAAUUUUUUAAUUACAAGUGACAGAGAUGAACAUAUUAGAAUUUCAAAUUUUCCAAAAUCUUAUGUUAUUAGGAAUUUUUUAUUAAAUCAUGAAAAUUAUAUAUCAUGUUUAAAUUUAUUAGAAGAUACUUCAUAUCUUAUAAGUGGAGGAGGUGAUGAUUAUAUAAUAUUAUGGGAUUGGGUUAAAGGUGAAAAAAUAACAAGCUUUGAUUUGAAAGAAGUGAUUGAACCACAUCUCAAUGAUAAUCAUUUAGUACCUGAAAAAUUUAGAAAUAAUGAUACCGAUAAAGAAAUGAAUAUAAGUCAAAUUCAAAGUAUUAAAAUUAAUGGAAAAUAUUAUAUUUUGGUAUUAGUUGAAAGAACAUCAUGUUUAAUAGUCUUGGAAUUUAAUGGUCAAGAUGAAAUCAAACUAAAACAAAUUCUAGAAACUUCAUCACCAAUAAUAACAUUUACAAUCUCACAAAAUUCUGUGAUAUUGUCAUUAGAAUCAGAAACUAAUGUACUUGAAAUAUACAAAUUCAAUAAUGAACAAAAUUUAAUUAAAGAUGAAUCAAAAUCAGAAAUUAUUGAAUAUAUUGAAAGUAGAAUUCCAAUUGAAGUUAAUAAUAUUAAAGAAUUUGCUGAUUUAUAUCCUAUAUCUGCUUUAAGAAAAAGAAGUGAACAUUGA